AUAGAAGUCAUUGGUGUUUUGAUGGCAUUACUUUGUCUGGGUAGCAGAGCCUUUGUAUGAUCUCUUCUUAAGCAUGGUGUAAUGUUUUUCUUUCCCUCUUCCCACAGAAUAACAAGUUUCCCAAUCCACCUGCUUUCAUUUUCAUGAUUGAUGUGUCUUACAAUGCUGUAAAGAGUGGCUUGGUGAGGCUGAUCUGUGAAGAGUUGAAGUCACUCCUGGAUUACCUGCCCAGGGAAGGCAACAUGGAAGAGUCAGCCAUUCGGGUGGGCUUCGUCACUUACAACAAAGUGUUGCACUUCUAUAAUGUGAAGAGCUCAUUGGCACAGCCGCAAAUGAUGGUUGUGUCGGACGUAGCUGAUAUGUUUGUGCCGCUGCUUGAUGGCUUCCUGGUGAACGUGAAUGAGUCCAGGACAGUUAUUGUCAGUUUGCUGGACCAGAUCCCGGAAAUGUUUGCAGACACAAGAGAAACAGAAACUGUCUUUGCCCCAGUGAUUCAGGCAGGAAUGGAGGCACUGAAGGCUGCAGAGUGUGCUGGCAAGCUCUUCAUCUUUCACACCUCACUGCCCAUUGCAGAGGCUCCAGGGAAGCUGAAGAACAGAGAUGACAGGAAGCUAAUCAACACAGAUAAGGAAAAGACUUUGUUUCAGCCUCAGACGAGCUUCUACAGCAACUUGGCCAAGGACUGUGUGGCCCAGGGCUGCUGUGUAGAUCUGUUCCUUUUUCCAAACCAGUAUUUGGAUGUGGCGACACUGGGGGUGGUUCCUUACCAGACAGGUGGCACCAUUUAUAAAUACGCCUAUUUCCAGCUGGAGACAGACCAAGAACGGUUCCUGAAUGACUUGCGCAAAGAUGUCCAAAAGGAAGUGGGAUUUGAUGCUGUGAUGAGGGUGCGCACAAGCACGGGUAUUCGAGCAACGGACUUCUUUGGAGCUUUCUACAUGAGCAACACGACGGAUGUGGAACUGGCGGGUCUGGACUGUGAUAAAACCAUCACAGUGGAAUUCAGACAUGAUGACAAACUGAGUGAAGAUAGUGGGGCACUUCUUCAGUGUGCUCUGUUGUACACAAACUGCGCAGGACAGCGACGACUCCGCAUUCACAACCUCUCCCUGAACUGUUGCACGCAACUUGCUGACCUCUACCGGAAUUGCGAGACAGACACACUCAUCAAUUUCUUGGCUAAGUUUGCGUAUCGUGGGGUUCUGAAUAAUCCAGUCAAGACAGUGCGAGACACGCUGAUCAACCAGUGCGCACAGAUUCUGGCAUGUUACCGAAAAAACUGCGCUAGCCCCUCUUCUGCUGGCCAGCUGAUCCUCCCUGAAUGCAUGAAGUUGCUUCCUGUGUACUUGAACUGUGUGUUGAAGAGUGAUGUCCUGCAGCCUGGGGCAGAAGUCACCACUGAUGACCGCGCCUACAUCCGCCAGUUAGUCAGCUCCAUGGAUGUAGCAGAAACAAACGUUUUCUUUUACCCCAGGCUUUUGCCUCUGACCAAAGUAGAUGUUGACAGCGACACCUUGCCAGCGGCAAUCCGGAACUCUGAAGAGCGACUCUCCAAGGGCGACAUGUACCUGCUAGAGAAUGGACUGAACAUCUUUGUGUGGGUAGGAGUGAAUGUUCAGCAGGGCCUGAUCCAAAACCUCUUUGGAGUAUCAUCCUUCAACCACAUCAGCAGCACUCUGAGUACCUUGCCAGUCUUGGAAAACCCCUUCUCUAAGAGAGUGCGAUCCAUCAUUGACAUGUUCCAGGCACAAAGAUCCCGCUACAUGAAGCUAAUAAUUGUGAAGCAAGAAGAUAAAUUGGAGAUGCUAUUCAAACACUUUCUGGUGGAGGACAAGAGCAUGAGUGGUGGGGCUUCAUAUGUGGACUUCCUCUGUCAUAUGCACAAGGAGAUUCGGCAGCUACUGAGCUAGAGGAGGGAGUGGUGCUGGACUCCAGCAGUGACAUUUCAGUCUCCACUAACCACCUGAUCCAUGGGCCCAGCUCCCUCAAGAAGGACAACAUAGAAACCUGUACAAUUCCGUAAUUUUUAAUACACAUUGCAUAAGCAGAGAUUCUUUCAACCUGUCCCAGCCCCAUUUGAGAGAGAUGCAAAAUUUCCUGGUGAGGGCAGAGAAAAGGCUUUUGAAACAUGUCUUUUACCUGUCUCUAAGUUUCCUGUACUUGGCAGGAAUCUACACCCCCCCACCCACCUACCCCCCCACCCCCAUGCUCGCUAAUCCUAUUGUAAUGAAUGUAGUUCACUGUACAUGAUUCAGCAUUGGGUGAAAAAGCGAUAACUCUUCAAAACUACUAGUCGUUGCUGUGUGUUUGUGUGCGUGCGUGCAUGCUCCAAGAGUGAAGAGGAGCCAGGAGGGGGAGGACAGGAGGCAGGCCAUCCAGCCAGAUGGUGGGAGUUGGAGCACUUAAGCAUUUUUUUACAUCUCCUUCCUAGUUUAGGGGAAAAUACAACAUGCAGAGCACAAACUGCAGCUUGUGCCCCUCUGGACCCAGAAGUCUUAAUUUAAAAAAAAAAAAAACAACUUAUCAGCUGAGCUGUGAGCCAGGGGCUAGCAGGACAAAUCCUUCCCAUAUCUCUACAUCUUUAUUGUAGUAAGAGUUGCAGUGCAGAACUGUAGUAGAAUAAAUAAUUUUUAAAAGUGAGUGAGCAACAAUCAACAACUGCUGAAUGGGAGAGGGGUAGAAUCAGUGCCUUCUAUUGGCAUGAAUGGCACCCUCACAACCACCUUCCCUUCCUUGGGAAGAGCAACCUCCCCUGUCUUAUUUUUCUGUGUAGCAUCGUCUUACCCCUUCCAUGUUCUAUGGCCUCUUGUCACUCACUUGUUUUGUUAAAGCCUACCUACACUGUUCUAUUCAUGGUGAUCAUACCCGCUGCCUCCCUGUUUCAGUUUAAAUAGGAAAUAUUUUUAGCAAGGUGACAUGGGCUGUAGGGAACAGGAUCUGGAUGGCAAGGUGGCCAUUUUCUGUUCAGACUAGGCUGAAUCACAGCAAAUAAGCAAGGAUCUGAAUUUUACCAGUGCAAACUUGAGGCUGCUUUGUACCCAGAGUACAAGGAAGGGGAUGCAAAAGAACAAGAAUAGAGUUUAAACUGCGCUGCCUAAGGUAAUACCAAGUAUUUGACCUCAGUUGUUGGGAAGGUGCCACAGUGGAAAGAAUAUUUUCAACGCUGUAUGUUUAUACCCCCUGUUCUACUUACUGAUCCAUCUGCAUAGAAAACUUUUUAUAAGCCUGUUUGUUAACCUAAGAUACCUCAGACAGAUUAGCCCAUCCACUUUGUGGCUGGCCACUCUGCCUCUCCACUCUGUAAGGAUGGAAGAGAGGACUCCUGCAAAGGGGAGUGAUGCGUCUAAAUCAGAUUCAAAAUUCUAAGGGCUUGUUUAUUAAUUUUUGAAAAGGGGGUAAUUUACUUUAACAUUGGCAGAGCUCUUACAAUACCCAGGAUUUAGUGAGGGGGCAGCAGCAGUGAAGAUGUGAGGGAGAAAUAGGAGAAUAUGCAGAAUAAUGGGUGAACAGAUUGGAUGCAGUUAGAGGACAUGUUUUAGCUGGACUUGUCUUUUCAAAAUAGGAUCCUUGUGCAGAAGACCUGUUUUGUUUUAAAACAAAACUUGGCUCUGUGGUUUUAGUCCCAUUUACAGUGUGUGUAAAUCUGUUUUUCUUCUACUGCCGCUAGUUUUGUCUUCUCUCGUAUCACUACACACAGAGGGGAAUAUGAGAACGGUAAUGAAGAAACUCCUUUAAGAUGCAGUAGACAAUUCUUCAGCAUUUUUUGUAUGUAUGUGGCUUUUUUUUUUUUACCCCAUACACUGCCUCCAACCAAAAAUGUAGAGGGUUGUUGUUGGGGUUUUUUUUGUUGUUUUUUGUUUUUUUUUAACCGCUGAAGAGAGCUUCCCGGGAAUACAAUGCUCGGCAACUACAGACUUCCACAAUACUAAUUUCUAGUAUUAAUAUAAGAGGGGAAAAUAAGCUCAUAAGUGAACCUUUCAUUUUCUUCACUCUUGUUUUUUCCUAAUGCAUCUUUUAAUUUGUAAAGAAAUAAAAAAAUAUAUUAAGAUGUAUUUUAUGUCAUUGUUAGUAAAUAAAUACUGCUGAUUAUUUU